GGCGUACUUCAUUCUGUCCCUUCUGACUUUAUAUCUAUUUCCGGUAUUGAUCUGCACACGCAUGGUUGGAAAACCAGGUUUCUCUCUCUUGUGUAGCCUAAACUAUCCGACCACACCAUGUUGAAUAAAACGCGUACCGUUCUUCAUUUGCGCAUUACUCAAUCCACGGUCAUUCGAGUUAUUGUGAAUAUUGAUCAAGAAAAGAUCGACUGGUACAAUGAAAGCGAACUUCACCCACUGGUGCUUAAAGCACUGCAGCCUAUCAUUAUGGAGCACUUGCUGAGUGAUAAGCACAGCUUAUCAGUUGAGAAACGUAAGAAAGAGCUUGAAGCAUCUCGCGUUUUAAAACACGCCAAGUUCCGGCUAGCGUACCGCUUCAUGUCGAAAGAUCAUACACACGAGUCAAUGAUGCUACGGGAUGAUGGUGAUUAUCGAGCAGUACAGGUCUACCCAUACCACCUCAGUAUAUUCGUUGACGAGCCACGCACCGAUCUCAGUACUUGGUUUGCUGCAUGAAAGGAAGAAAAAUACUAUGUACAUACGUUGCUACUACUCUUGUUACAGAAACACGCCUUCUUCUUGUUCUUGUUCUUGUUGCUGCUUUUGAUUUUCUGGCACUACUGGUUUGGUUGGGUGCUCUUUUCGAAACGCAUCCACGUUGCUUCCAACUUCAUAUGCUGCUGCUUCUCCAAGUCGUUCUUUGAUUACACGUAGGGUCAAAUCGAUCCGGUUUUCAUGGCGUUCCAUGAGCGCUUGAUUCUCCUCAAUGGCUUCUGUCAAAUCUCGAUCUUCUCCCUUGGGAUCAAAUUCGCGCAUGGCCUCAUUGGACUUUAAUAAAUGGGCAAUAGAGUUUUGUACUUCAGGAAUUUCACUGAGAAGGGUGUCAAUUGGCAGUUGUUGUAAUGCUUGUUUAAGGCGAGCUAGAUCCAUUGCUACAGUGAGUGAGAGAGGUGUGGUGCAUGCGUGUCUCCAAAAAUAAAAGAGGUGCUGCUCGGGAUUAGAAUAAAAUUGAA